AUGGAUGAAGCGUUCGUCAAGGUGGAACCCGAAAGUGUCGCACUGCAAGAAUCGACCACGUACAGGAGUCUCAUUGGAGCACUUUUGUACAUCGCAGUAUGUGCAAGACCGGACAUCGCGGUGAGUACAUCACUGCUUGGUCGCCGAGUGGCCUCGCCAACCGAGGCAGACUGGACAGCCGCGAAGCGCGUCGUGCGCUACUUGAAAGGGACAAAGCACUGGCGGCUGCACUACGGCGACACUGAAGCUGGUCUGGUCGCGUAUUCUGAUGCCGACUGGGCCGGAGACCUGAAGACACGAAAGUCCACGUCCGGAAUGGUGUUCUGCUAG